AAAUGCUCGGACCUAAAGUAAGGUAACACGGAACCAGUCAGAUGAGAAAAGUGACCGCGGGUUUCAUUACAACAUGGUCGGGCUCUUUAGUGUUUAAUAACAUGUUACUACCGUCAGAAGAUCAAUGAAGUUGCAUUUCUCCAUGUGGGAAGAGCCUUCUUUAGCUUGUUUCACACAGUCAGAUACUAACUGAGAUUUAGCCAGCACUCGGUUGCAUCACUCUAUCGCUGGGCUUUACUUAGUUUUGGUCGGAAAUGUCAUUAAGAAGUAGAAUGUUGCUGCAGAGGGUUCUGUUUGCUCUAAAAGCUCACAAUGUUCGGUACCGUCAGACCUCAGGAGCGGGGAGUGUUCUGUGGGAGACUCCAGUGAGACCAUUGUGUUGCUCAAACAGGCGUCACGCGCCUGCACCUGCCUCCACCGUUUGCUCUGAUUUGCUGCUAGGUCCCAGCAGCCUGUCAUUCAGAAGUCACACCUGUGGGGAGCUCAGAUCAGAUCACGUGGGUCAGAAGGUCACUCUGUGUGGCUGGGUCCAGUACCUCAGACAAGACUUAUUUGUCAUCCUGAGAGACUUUAGUGGCUUGACACAAGUUUUAAUCCCUCAAGAAGAGUCUGCAAACAAUCUGAAAGCAGCGCUGUGUGGCCUGGCUGUGGAGUCUGUCGUCAAGGUUACAGGAACAGUCAGAAAAAGACCAGCAGGACAGGAGAACAAGUUGAUGCCAACAGGAGAAAUAGAGAUUCUGGCUCAGAACUUGGAGGUUUUUAAUAUUUGUCGGAAGCUGCCCUUUGAGAUGAAAGAGUUUGUCAAAAAAUCGGAGGCUUUGCGGAUGCAGUAUCGGUACCUGGCCCUACGGUCGUCACAGAUGCAGAAGAAUCUCAGACUCAGAUCUCAGCUGGUGAUGAAGAUGAGGGAAUAUCUCUGUAAUGUGCACGGAUUUGUGGAUGUGGAAACACCCACCUUGUUCAAAAGAACUCCGGGGGGGGCAAAAGAAUUUGUGGUUCCUUCCAGAGAACCGGGUUUGUUCUACUCUCUGCCACAGAGUCCCCAGCAGUUUAAACAGCUCCUGAUGGUGGCAGGUGUAGACAGGUACUUCCAGAUCGCUCGGUGCUACAGAGACGAAGGCUCCAAACCAGACCGGCAGCCAGAGUUCACACAGGUGGACAUAGAGAUGUCUUUCGUGGACCAGGCAGGGAUCAUGGCUCUGGUGGAGGGAAUGCUCCAGUUCUCCUGGCCUGCAGAAAAAGGACCGCUUCAGGUUCCUUUCCAGGUGAUGACGUAUAACGAAGCCAUGAGGGACUACGGCGUGGACAAGCCUGACACCAGAUUUAACAUGAAGCUGAUCGACCUCAGUGAGGUUUUCUCAUCCACUAAAAUAGAGUUCCUCAGGUCAGCUCUCAGCCAAUCAGAAGGUUCCAUUCAGGCCAUCUGUGUGCCAAGUGGAGCGAAACAUUUUACUGGAAAAGAUCUGGAUGUGCUGAAGCAAACAGCCAAGGCUCAGUUUGGACAGGAGCUGAGCCUGGUGCUGGUCAGGGACGAUGGUACAUUAAAGUCCCCUCUGAAGAAGCUGCUAUCUGUUCCUGAAACAGAAAAUCUGCUGAGUAGAGCUGAAGCCAAGCCUGGAGACCUGCUGCUGAUAGCAGCCGGAUCCCUCCGUGUUGUGCUCCCACUGCUUGGUAAUCUUCGUCUCCAGUGUGCUCAGCUCCUUGAGUCUCAUGGCCUUUCACUCCGAGACCCCUCUGCCUUCCACUUCCUGUGGGUUGUGGAUUUCCCGCUUUUCUUACCCAAAGAAGAUAAUCCAGAGGAGCUGGACUCGGCUCAUCAUCCUUUUACUGCUCCACGUACAGAGGACACGGACCUACUCCUGUCAGAGCCACACAAGGUGCGCGGGCAGCACUAUGACCUGGUGUUGAACGGCUGUGAGAUUGGAGGAGGCUCCAUUCGUAUUCAUAAAGCAUCGCUGCAGCUUCACGUGUUGAAGAAUAUCCUCAAGGAGGACCCAAGUCUCCUUUCUCACCUGCUAGAGGCCCUUGAUUCAGGAGCACCACCUCAUGGAGGCAUUGCUCUGGGUUUGGAUCGGCUGGUUUCCGUUGUGGUUGGAGCUUCCAGCAUCCGUGACGUUAUUGCCUUCCCCAAGUCGUUCCGGGGUCAUGACCUCAUGAGCCACGCCCCCGACACGGUCUCUGAGGAGGAGCUGAAGCCCUACCAUAUUUCUAUCAAAUGGCCAACAGAACAGAGAGGAGGAGGAGGAGGAGGAGGAUCAGCCGGGAAAUGAGAAGAUGAUAGACUCAUAUCAGAAAUGUUGAUGAAAAGGAGACAUACUGACUUGAAGAGUGCAACACUGACCAUCCUGUUGCUCAGAAGAGAAAAGGAGAGAAAUAAGAGCUUGUGGAAAAGAUAAUGUGUGUAAUUAGUAAUAGUUGGAAAUAAUAUAUUUGGAGCAAAGUGGAAUUCUGAAACACAGGAAGUAGCUAAAAACUACACUUUCUGUUAUUUAUUAUUCACACAAGGAUUUAUAAAAGCAAACUUUUCUAUAAAACUUCUAUCUAAAGACCCAA